CGCGGUUGCUAAUAAAUGAAUCGUCAAGCAAUCCUUCUCAAAAAACAAAAAAAGCAAUCCUUCUCAAAGUCAGUGUAUGAGUCAAGCCAUCGUCCGAAAUAGGAAUAUCGAACAUACAACUGGAAUCAGAGAGGAACACCAGAAAUGACAGCCUUUAGUUUUGUAUGGAACUGCAGAAUGUGCCUUACAUACACCAGUCACCAUGAGGUUACCGAAGAUCAGUUUUUUUGUCUUCUUGGGCUGCCUGGUGGCUUACCUGAUGUUUGUUAAGCACCACUAUGAUAGUGUAAGGCCAGCAAUCUCUAAAAUACCACCUCACUUCCACCCCAGAUUGGGCUUGUCGGGCAACCCAAACAGACCAACCUCCUCAGAAGUGGUCAGCGGACGUUUCCAGUAUGGCAUUAUUUUUGAUGAUGGGAGCACAGGGACAAGGAUCCAUGUCUUCAAGUUUCAACUAGAGGACAAUGUGUAAAGAAGGGAUCUUGGAGCUGUUGGAGGUGGCCCAGGACGGCAUUCCCUCCUCUGUGUGGAGCAGCACUCCUCUGGUCCUCAAGGCCACUGCAGGCCUUCGCCUCCUGCCUGGGGAGAAGGCCACACACCUGGACAGGGUGAGAGAGGUGUUUCUGGAGUCUCCAUUCCUGUCCAGAGGGGACAGUGUGUCUAUAAUGGAUGGCACUGAUGAAGGGGGUCUCCACGGCUCUGACACACCCACUGUGGGGAUGCUGGAUUUGGGAGGGGGGUCCACUCAGAUCACCUUCUCCCCUCAGGAUGAGAAGACCAUCUGGGCCUCACCCAUCGAUUACAUGACAUCAUUUCAGAUGUUCAACAGCACCCACACACUCUACUCACACAGGAGAGCCCAUUUGAGUCCUGCCUUAGGAAAGUGGAGAAGUUGCUUUUUCAGAAGGUGAAGAAGGCAGAGGAAGCCAAAGAUAUGGAAUUCUAUGCCUUUUCAUACUACUGACAGAGCUGUGGAUCUGGGCGCCAUUGAUGAGAAAACAGGAGGGACUGUAAAAGUCAGCGAUUACAUUGAUGCUGCUAAAAGUGUGAAUUCUUGCAAGAAAUCACCAUUUCUCCCAGUGUGCAACGGAAUGACAGUUAUUCCCAGAGAGAAUCCUUUCCUUUGUCUGGAUCUAACCUACAUCUCUCGGAUGCUGCAAGAGCUUGGUUUUCCCAAAGAAAAAGUAUUUAAGCUGGCGAGGAAGAUUGAUGAAGUGGAGACUAG